GUUGGAGUCGCAAUUAAACACCAAACUAUUCAUAUUAGUCUUUAUCCUGAAGCCUUCCAACGCGUUUUAUCUAAUAUGGGCGUUAUAGAGAAGGUUUUGAGAAGCUUGUUGGGUUCUGAUGAGGAAGAACUUUACAUUCUGGACUGUCUUGCAUAUUUAAUGCUGCUCAUAGCUUUGGGGACGUUUUUCACUUUGCUCUUUGAGAACACACCUUAUGGCAGGUAUACCUCAAGUACAUAUGGGUUUCCUGUUCAUGUUAAAAUGGCUUGGUUUGUUCAAGAGCUACCUGCUUUUCUUCUACCUCUGAGUUUAAUAUUAUGGGCAUCACCGUUGAAGAUAACAGUCCUACCAAACCAGAUACUUCUUGGCAUGUACUUUUGUCACUAUGUCCAAAGGUCUCUCUUAUAUCCAUUUUUAAUCCGUGGUGGAAAGCCCACACCGUUCGCCUCAUUUGCUCUAGCAUUUCUGUUUUGCUUUUAUAAUGGAUAUCUGCAAGUGAGAUACCUGAGCCAGUAUGCAGACUUCCCUCAGGGUUGGGUUUCACAUCCCUGCUUCAUCACAGGCUCCUGUCUAUGGUUUCUGGGAUGGAUAAUUAACCUUCAUUCUGACCACAUCCUGAGGAACCUGCGCAGUCCAGGAGAAACAGGCUACAAGAUACCCAGAGGUGGAGCGUUUGAGUAUGUUUCAGGGGCUAAUUUUCUGGGUGAGAUCGUGGAAUGGGUUGGAUUUGCGCUGGCUGCACACUCAGUCCACAGUUUUGCCUUUGCUUUCUUCACCUUCAUCGUCCUUUCCAACCGAGCCGUCUCCCACCACAAGUGGUAUCUUGAGAAAUUUGAGGAUUACCCCAAAUCAAGGAAAGCUCUGAUUCCGUUUGUAUUCUGAAGAAAUAAAAAAUAUUGCACUCACAUACAA